CUAGGUACUGAGUCUGCAUUUCGAGCCCGGGCAGGUAAAUUUAACACAAUGGAUUUCUCCAAGCUACCCAAAAUCCGUGAUGAAGAUAAAGAAAGCACGUUUGGUUAUGUGCAUGGAGUCUCAGGGCCUGUGGUUACAGCCUGUGACAUGGCGGGUGCUGCUAUGUACGAGCUGGUGAGAGUGGGGCACAGCGAGCUGGUUGGAGAGAUCAUUCGAUUGGAAGGUGACAUGGCCACCAUUCAGGUGUAUGAAGAAACUUCUGGUGUCUCUGUUGGAGACCCUGUACUCCGCACUGGUAAACCUCUCUCGGUAGAGCUUGGUCCUGGCAUUAUGGGAGCCAUUUUUGAUGGUAUUCAGAGACCUCUAUCAGAUAUCAGCAGUCAGACCCAGAGUAUCUACAUCCCCAGAGGAGUAAAUGUGUCUGCUCUUAGCAGAGAUAUCAAAUGGGAGUUUACACCCAGAAAAAACCUGCGGGUUGGUAGUCAUAUCACUGGUGGAGAUAUCUAUGGGAUCGUCAAUGAGAACUCACUCAUCAAACACAAAAUCAUGUUACCCCCACGUAACAGAGGAAGUGUGACUUACAUCGCCCUGCCUGGGAAUUACGAUGCCUCUGAUGUUGUCCUGGAGCUUGAAUUUGAAGGUGUGAAGGAAAAGUUCAGCAUGGUCCAAGUAUGGCCUGUGCAUCAGGUGCGACCUGUCACUGAAAAGCUACCAGCCAAUCAUCCCUUGCUUACUGGCCAGAGAGUUCUCGACGCCCUUUUUCCGUGUGUUCAGGAAGGAACUACGGCUAUUCCGGGUGCGUUUGGCUGUGGAAAGACUGUGAUUUCCCAGUCUUUAUCCAAGUACUCCAACAGUGACGUGAUCAUCUAUGUUGGAUGCGGUGAAAGAGGAAAUGAGAUGUCAGAAGUUCUCUGAGACUUCCCUGAGCUCACCAUGGAAGUGGACGGGAAAGUGGAAUCAAUCAUGAAGAUAGCCAACACCUCCAACAUGCCUGUAGCUGCAAGAGAAGCCUCCAUUUACACUGGAAUUACACUAUCAGAAUAUUUCCGUGACAUGGGCUACCACGUCAGUAUGAUGGCUGACUCUACCUCUAGAUGGGCUGAGGCUCUCAGAGAAAUCUCUGGUCGCUUAGCCGAAAUGCCUGCCGACAGUGGAUACCCUGCCUACCUUGGUGCCCGGCUGGCUUCCUUCUAUGAGCGAGCAGGCAGAGUGAAGUGUCUCGGAAACCCUGAGAGAGAAGGGAGUGUCAGCAUUGUAGGAGCAGUUUCUCCACCUGAUGGCGACUUUUCUGAUCCAGUCACACCUGCUACUCUGGUUAUUGUUCAGGUGUUCUGGGGCUUGGACAAGAAGUUAGCUCAACGCAAGCACUUCCCCUCUGUCAACUGGCUCAUCAGCUACAGCAAGUACAUGCGAGCCCUGGAUGAGUACUAUGACAAACACUUCACAGAGUUCAUUCCUCUGAGGACUAAAGCUAAGGAGAUUCUGCAGGAAGAAGAGGAUCUGGCAGAAAUUGUGCAGCUCGUGGGAAAGGCGUCUUUAGCAGAGACUAAAAUCACUCUGGAGGUAGCAAAACUUAUUAAAGAUGACUUCCUACAACAAAAUGGGUACACUCCUUAUGACAGGUUCUGUCCAUUCUAUAAGACAGUGGGGAUGCUGUCCAACAUGAUUUCAUUCUAUGACAUGGCUCGCCGAGCUGUGGAGACCACUGCCCAGAGUGACAAUAAGAUCACAUGGUCCAUUAUCCGUGAGCACAUGGGGGAGAUUCUCUAUAAACUUUCCUCCAUGAAAUUCAAGGAUCCAGUAAAAGAUGGCGAGGCAAAGAUCAAGGCCGACUAUGCACAACUUCUUGGAGACAUGCAGAAUGCAUUCCGUAGCCUUGAAGACUAG